AUGCCCUCCGAACCUGAUCAAGCCAUUAGUGAGCAGAGUAGCCAAUCUGCUCCUGCCGUUUCUCGACCAGAGCUUCCAAGUGUACCUGCCAAUGGUGAAACCAUUGAACAACCCAAUGCCGAAAUGCCCAGUUCUAGCGCAGGCCCAUCAGAAGCGGUCGAGGUGGCAGAAGCCCCCUCUGGCCCGAGUGAUUACGGCCCAGUUCGUCGCCGUCGGUUGCCAUCCAAAAGUGGCCCCGUGACCCUGUUCCGUCCAACUGCUAUGAGGCAAGAAGAUUUUGUCGAAGUCAUGCAAGAGGUUGUUCCCCAUUUGAUUGAGGAAGCAGUGGAAGCUGAACAGGCCAAUCGCAAGAGAAAUGCUGAGGAGGCCACUGAUCAACCGGAGCACAAAGCUCCGAGACUUGAUGCACCGUCCGACUCCCCGGAUGAGCACCCGAUUGCGUAUGUAGAAUCAGCCUGUUGUGAAACUGCAGAAUCUCAUGAGUUGUGGCAGACUUUUCAAAACACGAAGGACAAUGCCGUCGAAGCCCUUGUUGCCCAGUACUACAAUAAACGAGCACAGAAAGAGAUUCCAACUAUGAGUGCCUCCUCUCAGCCUUUGUCUCCCAGUGAGAGAGUGAUGCUUGCCGAGUUGUUAGCUCGUGCCCAUGGAGCCGAGGAUGAACCAGAAGUUCCCACGCCUUCGAGCUUUGCAGUGAUUGAGGAUGAAGGUUUCCAUGGAAUGGGCGAAGCAGCCAAGCGUCGCACAGAUGAACCCACUGGCGAGUCUGAGUUGAAGCGCGGUUAUGUCGCAAAGAUCAGAAAUGAGGUGGUUGGACACACACCCAAAGGCAAGCCCAUUAUCUUGCCUCAGGGAGUGAAUGACCUUGCGUCAUGGGGACGCACCAUCAUCAUGUUUGGUAAGUUUGCUGCGAAGAAGGGAGCCGCAGAGAUCACAUACACGGAGUUGUUUGAUUCCAAGAAUGCAGAAGAUGUCCGUUAUGUGCGCUGGGUUAAGGGACAGGUGGAAUCAGCCAGUGGCCAUCUUCUUGAUCUCUCUCUUUACUUCCUUGCCCGUGAAUCUCAUGAGAGCUUGAUGCAGCAGCUGCCUAUGAUCCCUGGCACUGACACCCUCCGUCGUCUCAAGUGA